CAAGCAGUGGGAAGGACACGUCGCGCAGCUUCCGACCUCCUCCGGAGAAGAAGUGCCGCUCAGCAGGAGGAAAAAAUACAGCUCAACCCGGACUGGAGGAGUACACGCAGGUCAACCCUUUGGCUCGGGAAGUGACGGCUCCGUCAUGCACUCGGCGGGGGACAACUUGCACACCGGCAUGAGUCACCACAGGGGUGAUUCGGUAGCUCGGUGGGGCCGCUAAGCUCGCCCAUCCGGGUGUCGCCCGUCCGGGACUAAGUAACCAAGAGAGGCUGGAUCCCGAGAGGCUGUCCAGGAUGAGGAGGGGCGGCGUCCCCGCUCCGUGACGCUCCGGGGUCCGACCCCCGUCAUGCGUGUCCCCCGUCGGCCCGGCGCCCAGUCCCUGCGGCUACUGUCCCUCUUGGUCUUCGUGAUGGGGGCGGCCCCGUCGCCGGCGCUCACGGCAGGCUGCCCCGACAGGUGCGUGUGCGACGACCAGCUGGUAGUCCAGUGCGCCGGGCGGGAGCUGACCCGGUUCCCCGACGAUCUUCCCCUGGCCACCCGGCAGCUCAUCAUCUCCAACAACCGCAUCGGGGACCUGCCGGCGUUGCAGCUCAACUACCUGUCCGACCUGGUCUACCUGGACUGCAGCAACAACUCCCUGACGGAGAUCUCAGAGUCCACCUUUGGCAACCUCCGCAAGCUAGCCUACCUGGACCUGUCCUUCAACAUCCUGCUGCAGAUCGACGAGCGGACUUUCGGACCUUUGGCGUCCCUGGUCAUGCUGCGGCUGACGGACAACCCGGGUCUCGGAGAAAUCCACGCCGACGCCUUUGCCGAGAACGUGGCCCUGCAGGUCCUGGACGUGAGCCGGAACAACCUGAGCGUCUUCAACGUCAGCUGUCUGAUCGGACUGCCGGGCCUCAGGUCUCUGGGACUCAGCGGGAACCCGUGGAGGUGCGACUGCGACACAGAGGACCUCUGCCUUUGGGUCCAGAUCGAGAGCUUUAAGUUCCAAGACGAGGGCCAGACGGUGUGCCACGGCCCGGCCGAGCUAGCGGGUCGGCGUCUGGCCGAGGUGGGCAUGCAACUACGGGCGGACUGCCACCAGGGUCUGGGCUACUGGGACUACCUCUUCUUCGUGGCCAUCGGCUUCGUCAUCUUCUCGGCGGGCACGGUAUCGGCGUGGGUGAUGGGCGUGCUCAUGGUGCUCUACGAGCGCUACAACAAACGCAAGAGCGAGGAGCUGGACAGUGACGACGAGGACGCCAGAAAGGGCAAGCAGGGAAACGGGGACGUGAGCAAGCCUGGCUUGCAGGUCUGACGCCGCCGCCGACUCUGAGACCAAAGACUCCAUUCGUGGAUUUGGGCUGUGUUCGGAAUCACUCAGAAUCAAUUGAAAAAUUUGAAAACCAUCGAUUUGGGAGCAAAAGACUGAUUCCGAACACAGCCUCUUAUUGUUGACUCAACACAAGGACAGAAUGUGUGUGUGCGUGUGUGCAAGCCAAACAAUGAACUGUAUGCCUUUACCUCAUGAAUAGGGAAUACUUUAAAUAUUAUUGAGAGCAAUAAUCCCCCCGCCCCGCCCCCCCCUGCACAAACACCAUCAUCUCCUGUGAACU